AUGCAGAUUUUCGGAGUAAAGUCGGACAUGAACUACGUAAAAUACAAUGCGAUUAUCAACAUGUUGUCCCGCCCUCCGAAAACAAAGCCAGAGGAUAAUUAUCUUAAGAAGCAAGGCUACGGUCAGGUCCCAAGCUACCUAAAAGAUAUCAAGACUCAAAUAAAACAAGAAUACGACACCAUUCUUUCGCUGAGAAACAAAGAAAAACAAGCAACAGAGCAGCAGUAUCGGGUGCUGCCAGAAGAAGAACGAACGAGGCUUCUGGAUAUGUUAAAGGCACGGUGGGAGGAGCUGAAUCACCUGUACCAGGGUAUGACGUUCAAGUCAAAAAUGGACACAAUCCAGGAAACUCGAAGAAAAGAGUACUAUGAAGAUCAACUGGCGAAAAUAGAAGCGUAUAUGGAGAAGCUUGAAAGUGGUCCUGUGCGCAUUGCUACACACUAA